AUGGCAACAGUACAGCGAUUUCUACCCAACCCAUACGAUUUCUAUGAAGAGUUACAAUGUCGCGCUGAUCUUGCUGAAGAAAGGAGGCACAAGCGCUUUCUUGCUGUUUUGUUAUUACAGCGGAUGACUAGGGGCUAUUUGAUACGGAAGCAUAUCGGCUGGUUAUCCUUGAAUGCUACAAUCAUUCAGUGCGCUUUCAGAAUACACAGGGCUCGGAAAGCUUACCGCGCCGCUUUGCGGAGAGCGGUCCGCAAUAAACACGGGAAACAUUAUGCACAAGCUGCAACUAAAAUACAGGCAUUAUGGCGAGGCCACUAUUCAAGACGUACAAAGUUCUGUUAUCGAUCAUACAGAAAAUGGUUAGCAACAGUCACAGAAAGAGGAGAAAGACGUGCUGCAGAAGCAGCGGAAUUUGGUGUGAGAAGCCGUGCUGAUGAUUUACGUAUUCUAGAAGAUGAGGCACGCCAAUGGCUGGCGUUCGUGGUCUUUAAACUACACCAUCUACUCAGGACGUCCGUAUGUGCCGGUGUCUACUCGGAUAUAGCGACGUCGGAAUUGACAGAAUUCGAAAAGCUCCUUAAGUCUAUACGAUACACAGAAUAUAUGAAACGGCUUAAGCGCAAAUACAACGAAUUUGUGAGGAAAUUUCGACCGAGGUUCUGUAAUAAAAGAUUAUUCCCCAUAAUUGGGGAUGGGACUGAUUAUUGGUAUUUAUCUUUACCCGAGAUGUAUGAAUUGACGGUGGAACUUCCCAAAGAUCGGAAUACUAGACACCUUGCUACUCAUCAUGGUUCGCAGCAUCAGAAACCGUUUCUUUGGAGAAAGGUGAGGCCUUCGCAGGAUGAGGGCAGAGGGCCAUUCACAUUACCAAAAACCCAUCUUGCUCUGCCACGUGCGCCUGCUCCAACGCCAUGCGGUGAUAUGAUUGAUAGAAAACCUCAAAAAGAUCCACGAUUCCAUCUCUAUGUCAAACAUUACACUCCACAACCGGACUUAUUCGAAUACGUGAAUUACUAUAUUAACAUUCUCCUAACGAGAAAGUGUUCUAUACAAAACGUGGAUGAAAAUUAA